AUGAUCCUGUGGGGGAAUCUUGCUCUUGUUGUCGCUGUCAUCGUGGAUAAAAACCUCCAUGAGCCUAUGUAUAUCAUUUUGUGUAAUCUAUGUCUUAAUGCUCUGUAUGGAACUGUUGGUUUUUAUCCCAAAUUCCUCAUCGAUCUCUUUUCAUCUCAUGUGAUCUCUUAUGCUGGAUGCAUGCUGCAGGGUUUUGUAAUACACUCGUCGGUUUGCUGUGACUUUUCUAUCUUAGCUCUGAUGUCCUACGACAGAUAUGUGGCUAUUUGUCGACCUCUAGUUUACCACUCAGUCAUGACAAAACAGAGGAUCUCGAUUUACGUGUUCUUCUCCUGGCUCAUACCUCUUAACUGCAUGUUUAUGAACACAGCCACAGUGUUGGGCUCCAGGUUGGUGAAGUUAUGCAGCUCUCACAUUGCCAGACUGUUUUGUGUGAACUGGAGCAUUGUUCAACUUGCGUGUUUUCCGGCAGAAACAGCCAUUAAUGGCAUAGUUACUAAAGAGAUGGUUGUGGACUUCAGGAGUGGACAAGGGGAGCAUGCUCCACUGACCAGCGAUGGCUCCACUGUGGAGAUCGUUCAGAGCACCAGAUUCCUUGGUGUCCACCUGGCGGAGUCCCUCACUUGGUCCCUCAACCCCAGCUCCAUAGCAAAGAAAGCCCAGCUACUUCUUGCAGAGGCUGAGAGAAGCCCACCUCCAACCCUCCAUACUGACAAUAUUUUACAGAGGGACUAUUGA